AUGAAUAGAUAUUCACACUACAUCUAUUUAGAACUGCGGGAGUGCGCAAACCUUACCGAGGUUUUGCAGAGGAGGCUCGCCAGCCAGGAGGACGAGAUCCGAGAGCGUCGAGACGCCAACGCAGCGCUAAAGGGCAAGCUCCGCGACAUGCAGCAGGGGCUUAUUACUGCAGGAGCCAGGAAGCUUGAGUUACAGCAAAGGCGCUUCGGACUCCAGGCUGAGGACGCGCAGCUCAAGUAUGAGGAGGCGGAAGUCAAGAUCGAGAAUCUUGAGGCCAAGACGGCCCUUCGGCGCCUCCAGCAGGAAAAGACUCAGCUCGAAACGGAGCUGAGCGUCCUGGAACAGCGUCACUCUGGGAGGCCCACCGCCCAGGACCUCGAGACAAUGCUCAGCAAGCUCCGCCAGAGGAUCACGGAGGUCACCAACGCCACGGUCUCGCUGGCGCACACCAAAGGCACUCUCACGGAGCAGAAGACAGCGCUCUCGAGAGACAUAGACGAGGCCGAGGCUCAGAACGAACAACUGAAACAAGAGAACGAGAGACUGGAGCAGGAGAACGCCGAGAUCCAGCCCAGUGUUCAGGAUCUGAAGACCGUAGCAGCGGAAAUGGGACAGAGGAUCGCCUCACUCGCCAGCCAGAAGAGUGAUCUGCAACAACGUUAUAACCUGGCAGUCAGCUCGAAGAACGAAGCGCUCAAGAAAAUCGGAAGACUAAAUGCCCAAAUUAAGGACUUAACAGACCGUAUCAGCCUUAUAGCUUGCUGA